AUAUUGUAUCAUCGACGUCUGCAGUCUGAAGAAUAAUAAACUACAUGCAUAAUGUGUGAAGACAGAAAUCAAAACGCAUCAUAUUUAAACUGCCUUUUGGAGGAAAAGACCCUCAAAGCAAUGGACAUUGACGAAUAUGACUUAUAUACAGCAGGCGCUGAGGGUCAAGAUGCUGGACCAUCUCUGGAUUACAUGAUGCAUCUAAACAUGACCAUGAAUCAGCCACACUUACAGCUAGAGGAGGACAUUUACACAGCUGGUGAUGAAAUACCACAACCCUCAGCACCACUGGAUAUUGCUAAGUUUAAAAUCAAAGUGGACUGGACAGAACCAUUUCCAGAGAGAUGGAGAGCAAGAUUACAGAAAGCCCUUCAGAGCUGGUUAUCCAGACUGGAAGGAAAACCAUCUGUCCUCAGCCUUGAACUCAUGAAAGACCUAUCAUGUGCAGAGGUGCAGAUAACACCAUCAACAGCUCUAACGGUUUUAAAAUAUCACAGAACUGCGUCUCUUAAGUUUAAAGAUUAUCAGGAUGGUAAAGUUAAAGGAGAUAAGGAAGUGAUUGCUCAGAUUUAUCUGGAUGAAGCGCAUUCUGUGACUGGACCACAAAAGUCCCUGCUGGAGGAGAACAAAGCUCCAUCAUCAAAGGUGAACAGCACUAAACCUGAGACUUCAGCAGUAUCAGAAGACACAAACAAUAGUGAGGAUGAUGUUGCAGCUAACAGAGCUUCAAAAGAUGCUGAGAUCACAAAAACAUUUGAAAUGACCCCUGAGACCUCAGAUGGACUCCCUGUUCCCCUCCUUCAGUUCUGGUACAUGCUUCAUGCUUACAGAAAGGAGCUGGAGCUAAUUGAGAAACGACAUGGAGUCUCUAUGGGUUCAGAAGCGUCAGUCUCAUUCAGACCCACCCAGACAGCAAGCCCUGAUUCUGUCUCCAGAGCGUCUGAGGACUUUCAGAAACUUGUCAUGGGAUGCAUGGAUAGUUUUAGUGUAGCUACCAUUAAUCAUAAUGACAUGGAUUCAGAUAUUGUGAAGGAGGCCCUUCGUAACAUCCAGUCAGAGAAGACAAAGAUGAUGUUGACCAUGUCUGCCAGUGACUGCCGGUUCUUUGGACCGAAGAAAUUUACAGACAUCAUUAAAAGAGAGACAACAGGAGCAGAAAACCAAUUUAAAGACAAAUGGAAUGAAAUGGAUUUAGAUAACAACAUUUCUCCACAAAGCAGAUCUUCACUGCACAUGGACACAAAAGACCUUCAGACUCAACUUGAGAUGGACAAGGCUCAUUGGGAUCUGAUGAAACUUUCCUAUGAGGAACAAAUAUCACAGCUUCAAACAAAGUAUGGAGUGCUAUUUCAUGAAGAAAAACUGCAGAAAAAUAUAAUUAAGGUUCAGGCUCGAUCCAAAGGAGAUCAGCAUAUUAAUCUUGAAGGUCAUGCUCUCAGAGCUUUAACACAUCUGUACCAGAAACUAGCCUCAGCCGCUGUCAGCUGUGAACUCACAAACCCUAAACAUGAAACUGAUGUGGCUCCACUAGUGCAGAAACUUCAGCAGCAGCAUUACUGUGUUGUUGCAGCAGAUGCAUUCAGUCCCUGGAAGCUCGUUGGACUGCCAGAACAUCUCAGCCCUGCUAUUGCUGAUAUUGAGAAGAAACUUAAGAAGAAUGUGUUUGAUGACAAGAUGAAGAAAUUUAUUGGAUAUUUGGAUGACAUCCCUCAAGCAAGAGGAUUCAGAUGGAAUCAGACGCCUGAUUAUGGUCCAGGAGCAGUGGGUGGAGCAGGACGGGAUGAGGGAGUGAACUUUAGAGGGAGAAGCGAAACAGAUACUGGUUUCAAUGAACAAUCAAAAAAUGAUUCUAAACAUGACAGUAAAGGUGCUCAUGCUGAAGAGGAGACGUGCGCUAUUUGUAUGGACAGCUUCACUGACAAGACGAAACUGAAAUGUGGGCAUGAAUUCUGUCAGGAAUGUAUAAGAAGGUCAGUGGAGAGUCUGGGAUCCAUCUGUCCUGUGUGUAAGGAAGUGUUUGGGAAAUUGGAGGGAAACCAACCGGAUGGAACAAUGACUGUAAGAAAGAGUAGAUCGAGUCUCCCUGGAUAUCCACACUGUGGCACUAUUGAAAUCACCUAUGACAUACCCAGUGGUAUUCAAACGAAAGAGCAUCCAAACCCAGGAAAGUCUUAUUGUUGGACACAAUGUCGUGCGUACUUGCCUGACAGUCAUGCAGGAAAGGAAGUGCUUGGACUGCUGCAGAGGGCUUUUAAACAGAAACUGAUCUUUACUGUUGGGACCUCAACAACCUCGGGUUUAGAGAAUGCUGUCACCUGGAAUGAUAUUCAUCAUAAGAUCAACACACACGGCGGGCCUCUAAACUAUGGCUAUCCAGACCCUGACUACCUGAAGAGGGUGAAGGAUGAGUUGAAAGCCAAAGGCAUUGAAUGAGGAUUUGAUUGAUAUGUUCUCAAAUGCACAUCAAAGCCUAAUAAUUACAAACAAACCAUUUACUGAUUAUUGAAUUUAAUCAUAUUUUUAUACACAGUGACUUUCAGAAGUAUUCAGACCCUUGACUAGUAAUGUUUGUGAAUGUAUUCAUAAUACACACCUGAAUGCCUGAAGAACACUUUAUAAAUGGUCAAGAACUAAAUUAUUCUUUAAUAUUUGUCGCCACCUACAGGUGGUUUAUGUGUAAAAUGUGACCCUGGACCACGAAACCAGUCAUAAGGGUCAAUUAAAAAAAAGAGAUUUAUACACCAACUGAAUAAAUAAGCUUUCCAUUGAUGUAUGGUUUGUUAGGAUAGGGUAAUAUUUGGCCAAGAUACAACUAUUUGAAAAUCUGGAAUCUGAGGGUGCAAAAAAAUCUAAAUAUUGAGAAAAUCACCUUUAAAGUUGUCCAAAUUAAGUUCUUAGCAAUGCAUAUUACUAAUCAAAAAUUAAGUUUUGAUAUAUGUACGGUAAGAAAUUUACAAAAUAUCUUCAUGGAGCAUGAUCUUUACUUAAUAUCCUAAUGAUUUUUGGCAUUAAAGAAAAGAAAAGAAAAAAGAAAAGAAGAUCAUUUUGACCCAUACAAUGCAUUUUUGGCUAUUGCUACUUAAGACUGGUUUUGUGGUCCAGGGUCACGUAUUGAUUUAUCUAUGACAGGCCUAAACCAGCCAAGGUACCAGCACAAAAACACAUUCAGCAUAAUAUUUUAUUAUCAUUAUCAACAAAAAUACCCCAGAUAUAUUGAGAUAUCGUUAAUAUCCUACAGCCCUAGCUAAGGGGCAUUUUAUUUAUUAUAUUAUUGAAAUUUUUAUUUCAUUUAGGUCAUUUGGCACACAGAGAUAGUGUAUCCAUGCAUGUGUGUUUUAUUUCACUACAAAAAAAAAACAUGGUUAAACCAGGGGAACCAUAAAAUAACCGUGGUUUUGCUACACUAACCAUAGUUUAACCAUGAUAUUUGUAUUAAAACUGUGGUUAUGGUAGUCAAACAUGGUUACUAGACUUUUACUAUAAUAAAACCAUGGUUAGUUUUUGUAAGGAAAAUAUUUCAAGGGGACCCCAAAAACCCUUAUGAAAAUUUACCAUGGUAAAAGUGUAGUAAACAUUUUUUUUUUUUGAUUAAUCACAGUUGCAGCACGUUUAUUUGGUUGUGUUGUGAGUAUUUGCAGCACAUAAUAUGCAUGCUACAUUACACACCAACUAACGUUAAAAAAGUGAAAUUGUAAUGUUUUCGUAAAGGGGUGGUUGAUUGCAAUUUCACUUUUUUAACGUUAGUUAGUGUGUAAUGUUGCUGUUUGAGCAUAAACAAUAUCUGCAAACCCACUAAACAUUGGACGUCGGAUAGACGUGCAGAUCAUGUCUAUAUUGGGUCCGUCGGUCCAUGACCAAUUCUGGACAUCUAUUCGACGUCCAAACUAGGUCCUCUAUUUGGACGUCUAACCAUGACCCAAAUUGGACGUCAGAUUGACGUUCGACAUUUGACCUUUGAACUGGGUAUUUUUUUGGACGUCAUUUGGACGUCUAAGUGCAGGAAAUUUACAUGAUUGUAUGUAAUAUUUUUUUUAUUUACAAAUAUCAACAUUGUUGUUAUCAACAUGAUUGAUACAUAUGAAUACAGAUUUUUUUUUAAUAAACAGUCAUGAUUUAUUAUGUGUAUGCCGAAUAGGCCAUGUUUUUUUUUUUUUUUACAUUUUCCUGUUGAAUCUAGCUGCUGAGCCAAACAAAACAUAGGACUACAGUUAUAGAAGUUAAGUAAAAAUUAUAUAUAAAAUAAGUCUAAAUUUGACGUUGAAAAGACGUCCACAAACGACCACAUUUGGACUAUAAAUAGCCCUUACACGGAAGUCCCACGGACGUCAAUAUAUGACGUGCUGUAGACGUCGAAAAAAGACGUCGCCUGGCGUUACAAAACAACCCCUUCAGUGGACCUAAAUUGGACGUCCAAAAAUAACAUGGAAAAGACGUCACUCCGACGUCACAUGGCGCAGUGGGAAGUUGCAGCGCUGAAAGUUCAAUGCAAACAGAGAUAUCGUCUUUUAAAAUUCUUGCAGUUUAAUGCCUACAAAAACGGCUCAUAUAGACUACAACGAGUUACUUUCUGGGUCCAUUACGUCACAAACCCAGAUAAACCCCGCAACACGCAACAAAGGGAACACGCAACAAAGGGGGCGGGGCCAUGUUGCUGCUUUAGAGAAGAGGAAGAGAAAACUAGGGGUGCACGUAAAAAUCUAUUCAUAUAUGAAUUCGCGAUUCUGUCUUCUAACAAUUUUAAUGGAUUCACAAGUUUCAAAAUCAUAUGUUCUAAAGCAGCGGUUCUUAAUACUGUUCCCCGCAUCCCCCUGCUCUGCUCUCUCUCUCUCUCUCUCUCUCUCUCUCUUUCAGAUCGUCAGAUCAGCUCCAACAAACUGUUCCAAUUAUACACUUAUUUUCACACAGCUAUGAGAAGUGUUAUACAUGGACUCGCGUGCGGUUGCUGUGCUGUAUUAAAGCUUUAAUCAGGAUAAAACCGUAUAUUAAAAGCUAACAGAAGCAUUAGCAUAAUAACAGCGCAUCUAAAAGUAUGAACCAACAACAAACAAACAAACAUACCAUUAAAAGCCGUGCUUGCACAGGUUCUAUGUGAUCAUCUUCACUAAUAUCCUCUGGGUCUCAAUCAGGCUCAAAUUGAUAAGCAAUAUAGACAUCAUUGUUUACAAUACAACCAGAGCACAUGCUGCUGAGGGGUUUAGAUGUGCACUAGAGGCGGUUUAGCCAAUCACAACACACUGGACCAGCUAACCAAUCUCAUCCCAUCGUGGCCACCGUAGAAGUUGCAGUCACAUUCUCAUAAUGGUUCCACACAUUUCCUGCUAUUCAUACCUUGGCUUAAUUACAUUUUUGGUAUAAGUUGAAGAUGAUGGUGAUAAAUGAGAAAUGUACAGUUUUAUACAUCACUCAGUAAUCCUAUCGUCUGAACACCUGUAGGGAAACCACCCUUAAAAACAACUUUUGCAAGUUCUAGACUUAACUAGUGUUGCCCAAAGAAGAAAGUGCGUAGCCUCAAAACAUCUUCUUGGAACUACUAGUCAUCAGCAGAUGGCAGAUUUGUUUAUGGUUCAUUAAACAAGCAUGAAAAACUUUGUUUAAACCCUUUUCAAUAAAGAUCGG